ACGCAUUCCACAUUUUUAUUGAAUGACACAUUUCUCUAAAUAAACUGUCAAUCACCUGGUUUCCAUGGAAACUGGGCGGUACACUACCUGCAUGCUGCUCGCCGGAGUCUCUCUCGCUCGCUGCAAGCAGGGAGCAGGCAUGGGUUUGAAAAGGACACUCAAGCCUGGCAGUGGCAGGGGCGCGCUGUAGUUGAAGGAAACUGAAGAUUUCUACUAUAGCCGUCAACGCCAACCGAAAACCGCCGACUAAUUUUGUUCUUCAGGAUUAGGCUUUAUCAGGUAGACCCAGGUUUGAGGAUUUGUUGGUAAUUAUAAGAGAGAACUUGACAGCUUGCUGUGCAUAAGUGAGGUGCGUUCUUCAUUUCUAAGCCUUCAGUAGCAUUCACUUUGGUGCUGGGCUAUAAACUAACCAAUGGCGACUGAGGGGGGCCAAGAUGGACAGCGUCAGAAAAACGUUGUUUUGAAGAGGAAGUUGACCGGUCCACCCAGACUCCUCCUGGGCAAAUCAAAAUCCAACAACCAGAGAGGUGACAGGUCUGAGGCUCAUUCUAAGAAGAGAAACAAAAGAGUGAACAUCAUCAAUGGAAGUCAGAUGGAUUCCUCCAUCAAACAGUCAAAUAUAGAAGCUGGAGAGACGGGAUCAUCACAACUUGUAGCCACUUCAGACGACAUCUGUACAACCUCAAAAAUGGAUGAGGAUCAAGCUUCAUCUGAACUACCCACUGAGCCCUCAAGGUGGCGCUCCACCUCAGAUGAGGAUGAGACCAGUGAAGGCCAAUUGGAAGGACACAGUAAGACGAGGAAAUCAACAAAGCAUGGCUGGAGAAGGUUAUUUUCCCCGGCUCUCAUUUGCGUCAGAAGACAAAGGAAGAAGUACGCUGCAAAAACUUCAAUCCAGGGUGGUGACCAGGGAGUUGUACAAGCUGAGAGACUAACUCACACUGAAGCAAAGUCAAUGGGAGAAGACACCAUCUCCUUGAGUGACAAGUGUGUCCGCGAUGCGCCUGACAUUGACAAUGUCAAGAAAAGGAGACGCAGGUUUACCAUCCGGACGUGGCCGACCUUCAAGCGGCUCUUGACAGUGUCUUACGUCCGCGGCCAAAGGCCAAAACAGGGAAAUGUUGUACAGGUGGUCUCUGAAGACGUCCAACAACCGUCAGUGACCUUCAGGAAGACAUUUCAGCAUUUUUUGAUGUGUGGAAGAAGGGCACCUUCAGCUGUGAUCCCUCUGGAAGACAAGGACACCCAGGACACUGGAGACAAGGACAACCAGGACACUGGAGACAAGGACAACCAGGACACUGGAGACAAGGACAACCAGGACACUGGAGACAAGGAUAACCAGGACACUGGAAACAAGGACAACCAGGACACUGGAGACAAGGAGACUGAGGUGGAGCCAAUGGGGACACAAGACAAGGGACAACAGUGCACAUCUGACAUCCAGGGGGUUGAGCUUCUGGAAAAGGGGGCUGAGGUUAGAGGACAAUGUACAGAGAGAGUGACAGUGUGUGCCGAAGUGAGUGCCCUGCAGCCCGAGAACGAAUGCCCAACAGACACCCUAACGAGCCCAGAGUCCCUACCAGUGAGUCCCAUCCCGACAAGAGUAGUAAGACCAGAGGUAGAUACAGAAUACACAGAGACCAGUCCAAUGGGUGAUUCAAAGGAAACAGGGAUAUUGGAACCUAAGACUUCUUUCAAAACUAAGUUAUGGGAAACUGAGACUUCUACCAACACAGACUCAAUCCUCAGUGAAGUCAUCAAUGUUACCAUGGAUGCUAACGAGAUGCAAGGAGAUGAACUGGAUCAUAUCCAGUGUUUAGAGAAGGACAAGGUCAUUGAGUCAGACUGUGUGAUAAUCAAUACACUCAACAGCGUUGCCAUGGACACUAAUGAGUAUCCCUCAGACUCAAAUCAGAUAAUUUCUUCAGAGAAUGCUGCUGAGGACUCUGCUGAUGCAUCUGAGGAGAAUGACACACUCUGCAUGAUCACGGUAGAUAACAUUGUGCAAAAUGGCCCGCCCUUGACCAACAUCAGCAUCACCCCCGGGACUGACUCGGAUCAGGAUGUGUCCGACCAGGAUGGCCAUGAGGUGGGGGAUGAAAGCGGCAAGAGUGGCCUCCUGACGGAGGACGACCAGGACUUGUUGUGUGAAGAGAACCUGUUAGUGCAGACGGCUCGCUUCUUGGUCCAGGCAGUCAUGAGCGCUGCCAUGGAGCAGCUCUCAAUGGAACAGAGAGGCACUCCCACCGCAGUCCACAGGGAGGCGCAAGGGAGUCGAGAUCACGCUUGACACCCCCUUCCGUAUGUAUGACCCCAUUUGGAUCAGCAGAGUUGCGUUCAUUACGGCACACAGCGGAAAAAGUUUUAAAACAUUUUGCAACAGAAAAUGGAAAUUAUAGUUUCUUAUUGAACCAGUAGUUUCUGUUUCAAUCCGUUUUCUUCCGUUUUGUGUCUAAUGAACACGACCCAGGAUUAUUGAGAAAAUAUAUUUUUUAAAUUAGACAAGUAUACAUCUGUAAACCACUUUUAAAGUUAUUGUUGUUUACAACUUGUUGUUAACAAACCAAACUGCUGCUGUUCAUAUAAAUCUAAACCAGAGAACCGUAUUGACACAAUACAUUUUUACAAUAUAUUCUCCACAAGUGGUGGCACUCAAUUUUCACAAUUACCAUCACAAACAUUUUAACUGUUCGGUGUGACUGUGUGUUUUGAAAAUGAUGGAACUAAGGGCUCUAUUCAAUCAAUAUCGCAGAAAAUCAGCGUAACUGCGUGAUUGAAUUUUCAAGGCAAUGUUCCCGACUGCAUUCUCAGUAAACUCUGCAUAUGUCACCUCAAUCGGAAAUUACCUUCACAUUUCUAGCGCACAAUCUGUAGCUCUUCAGUGAUACAGAUUGAAUAUUGUCCUUAUACCUCAAUUACGGUUUAUUUGCCUAUAGAACAGAAAGUCUCAGAUUCUCAGAUAAAGUUUAUCUGUUCAUCUGAAUAAAAUAUAGUUCUUAAAAAGCUGAGAUCCGCGCUAGGGAAACAGCGUCACUGGCUACCCCAGGCGCAUUUGUUAUUUUUUUUUGUUUUGAGCCAAUGAGCAACCAACAUCGUGAUACAUUACUCUGCUGUUCUAUCGCGCAAUGACGUGUAACGAUGUCAGCGGGGAAAAACAGUGCUGGUUGUUGAUGUAACGUCUUCGUUGUUGUAAUAUCGCAAAUGGUCACGGCAGUUUCACCGCUACCGAUUCCAAUUUUAAUUAAUCAAACAUUUGAUGAUGUAUUUAAGAUAUGGUGAUUAUUUCACACGAUGAAAGUCUUAGGCUCUUAUUGACUAGUGUCUUGCCCUCUGGUUGCUGUUUAAUAGAUGUUUAAGCAUACAUUGCUCAGUUAAAAAGCUUUCUCUCUUAUGUGUAUAGAGACUAUACAACGCUUAACGUUACACCUGUAACUUGUCAUAAGAAAAUAUGAGGUACCCUAGUCCGAAUAGAACUCUGUGCUGUCGUUUUUCUGUGUGAAUGUCAUUCUGUCAUGGGAUAAUAAUGAUUACACAGUUUGACACCUGGUGUACCUGGAUAAAUACAACCUAGUCUCCAGGUGGCUAUUUGUUGUCAUUCUGUUAUCAUUGCUUGACCUCCUGGACUUCAGAGGAGAUUUUGCAGUAUUUGGAAACAAGACCAGCAAACAUCUGUCUUGAUGCAACACAACAUUCAAUACAUGGAGGCUUGCUGGUUUCCCAAAGGCCUCUUUUAGAGGUGGGGGACUGUGAGGCAAACAGCAAUGACAUCAUUAGAAGUGGAUACCAGGCUCUCGUAACCAAAAAAAUGUGUCAUCCAAUGAUAUGAGCCAACUCUCUGGUCUGACCAUGAGCAGUAUGUCCUGUAUGUGUGAUCACCUCCUUGAGAUCUGGCUACGGAGGCAAUCACUUCAGAGGAGUGAAGGGUGUUGACAGUCUUUUAAUGUGACGGGUGAGGAUUGAUUCAAUUGUGAAGAGAAAAAUUGCCUUUUCUAAUUGAGUUAUGUGAGUAAUAUAUAUUUGUUGUUGUUUUAUGUUAAGUGUGUAUAAUGUGCUGGUGGAUAUUUAUUUAUCAAUAUAACUAUAUUUUCUGUUUGAAAACUGUCACCAAUUAAAUGAUCGGAAUGACAUGCAUAAUCUCA